AUGAGACCCACUUGGCAGCCUCCGCAAGACUACCGUAGUCGCCCAGUUGCCAUCCUUGGCGCGGGUGUACUCGGUCGUCGAGUAGGCUGUAUCUGGGCAUCGGCUGGCUACAGUGUUCGACUACGAGACCCUAGUGAGCAACAGCGAGCAGACGCAAUCACAUACAUCCGAGAGAAUGUGGAGGCAUACAGUGCUAAGACUGGGAAGACCCCAGGGCCAUUCGAGGCAGUCGAAGACAUGAAAGAAGCUGUUGAAAAUGCUUGGCUCGUGAUUGAAGCAGUUCCCGAGAAGAUAGAACUCAAGACUGCCACUUUCGCAGAGUUGGAGACCGCUGCUCCGCAAGAUUGCAUCUUGGCUUCCAACUCAUCUUCAUACAAGUCAUCCGAGAUGAUCAGCAAAGUCAAUGAUCAAACCAAGAGUCGUAUAUUGAAUAUGCACUAUUACAUGCCGCCUCAGUGCAUGAUUGUGGAGCUCAUGACUGAUGGAUAUACUUCUCCGGAGAUAUUCCCAUUCAUGGUUGAACGUUCCCGAGAGGCUGCUACUCUCCCUUACGUUGCACGGAAAGAGUCCACUGGUUUUAUCUUCAACCGCCUUUGGGCUGCUGUGAAGCGAGAAAUCUUGACGAUCAUCGCCGAUGGUGUAUCUGUCCCCGAAGAGAUCGAUUCCAUGUGGCUUGAGAUGUUUAUCAAAGGGGAAACUCUUCCCUGCCGCAUGAUGGAUAAAAUUGGCUUGGACACCGUUGCCUUCAUCGAGAACCAUUAUGUGCACGAACGUGGACUAUCACCGGAGAACACGGUCGACUUCCUGAAGACCAAUUACCUCGAUCAAGGCAAAUUGGGAGACAAAUGCUCUCAAGGUGGUCUCUACGCACCAGACGACAAACCGACUACUGCAGCAGACCCAUCAAAACAGGCUGAGCUUUUGGUCUUGGACGUAGGGCUCUCAGCUUCUACACCCAAUACAACCUCGGGACAGAUCCUCAAGUUGACCACAGACGGGAAGUCAUAUGAAGCAAUUCUGACAGACCAAGCUCUACCGGACGGACUGGCCGUGGACCAAACCUGUGGCCGCAUGUUCUGGACUUGUAUGGGUGUUCCUGGAAAGCCUGAUGGGGCAGUCUACUCCGCCAAGCUUGAUGGGUCUGAUAUCACUACACUUGUUGAGCCAGGUGUCGUAAACACCCCAAAGCAGCUAUCGCUGGAUCAUCAGGCACAGAAAAUUUACUUCUGUGACCGCGAAGGGUGCCGAGUUUACCGCUGUUCAUUCGAUGGCUCCGAUUUGGAGGUUUUGGUCGACAAUAUUGGAGAUGAUCUGACUUCACAGGAAACUAUCCACGACUGGUGUGUGGGAGUUACUGUAAGUCCAGCAUUGGGAAAAUUCUACUGGACUCAGAAGGGUUCACCCAAGGGUGGCAAUGGCCGCAUCUUCUGUGCUAAUAUCGUUACUCCUGAGGGCCAGUCAAUGAGCUCGCGCAAUGAUGUCCAGUGCAUUCUAAGUGGGCUUCCUGAGCCCAUUGAUCUCGAAAUUGAGGAGGACACUCGCACUCUUUAUUGGACUGAUCGGGGUGAAAUUCCUUGGGGCAACUCGCUCAACAAAACCAGCUUGAACGAAGCUGGGCUUCUUCUCUCUGUGGAUACUUCUCGGGACCACGAGAUUCUCACCAGGGGGCUAAAUGAAGCUAUCGGACUGAAGCUGGAUGUACCAAACUCCCAUAUCUACCUGACGGAUCUGGGUGGAUCAGUCUACCGGUGCAACUUGGAUGGCACUCAUAAGGAGAGAAUUUUCUCCGAGGAUCAGCGGGCCUUCACAGGCAUUGCACUCCUGAAAUCUUAG